CUGGGCGUUGGGGCGGCCGGGACUCUCGGGGGCGUGGGCGGUCGCAGAUUCCUGGAGUCUGGCUGGUUGCCCCAUGAGGGCGACGGGCAGGACGGAAUGGCGGGGUACGGGGCCGGGGCGCCCCUCUAGUGAGCCCCGAGAGAGUGAGAGAGGGCUGGCUGCGUGUGGGCCCAGAAGGUGGAAAUGGCGUUGGACUUGACAUGUGCGGCCAGCGGGCGCGCUCAGCGAUUAGUGAUGAUGAACCAGGUUAUGACCUAGAUUUAUUUUGCAUACCUAAUCAUUAUGCUGAAGAUUUGGAAAAGGUGUUUAUUCCUCAUGGACUGAUUAUGGACAGGACUGAAAGACUUGCUCGAGAUGUCAUGAAGGAGAUGGGAGGCCAUCACAUUGUGGCCCUCUGUGUGCUGAAGGGGGGCUAUAAGUUCUUUGCUGACCUGCUGGAUUACAUUAAAGCGCUGAAUAGAAAUAGUGAUAGGUCCAUUCCUAUGACUGUAGAUUUUAUCAGACUGAAGAGCUACUGUAAUGACCAGUCAACGGGGGACAUAAAAGUUAUUGGUGGAGAUGAUCUCUCAACUUUAACUGGAAAGAACGUCUUGAUUGUUGAAGAUAUAAUUGACACUGGUAAAACAAUGCAGACUUUGCUUUCCUUGGUCAAGCAGUACAGCCCCAAAAUGGUUAAGGUUGCAAGCUUGCUGGUGAAAAGGACCUCUCGAAGUGUUGGAUACAGGCCAGACUUUGUUGGAUUUGAAAUUCCAGACAAGUUUGUUGUUGGAUAUGCCCUUGACUAUAAUGAGCACUUCAGGGAUUUGAAUCAUGUUUGUGUCAUCAGCGAAAGUGGAAAAGCCAAGUACAAAGCCUAAAAGACAGCGGCAAGUUGAAUCUACAAGAGUCCUGUUGAUGUGGCCAGUAAAGAACUAGCAGACGUUCUAGUCCUGUGGCCAUCUACUUAGUAAAGCUUUUGCAUGAACCUUCUAUGAAUUUUAUGGUUUUUAUUUUUAGAAAUGUCUGUUGCUGCGUCCCUUUUGAUUUGCACUAUGAGCCUGUAGGCAGCCUACCGUCAGGUAGAUUGUCACUUCCCUUGUGAGACAGACAGAUCUCUUAAAUUACCACUGUUAAAUAAUAAUACUGAGAUUGUAUCUGUAAGAAGGAUUUAAAAAGAAGCUGUAUUAGUUUUUUAAUUGGUAUUUUAAUUUUUAUAUAUUCAGGAGAGAAAGAUGUGAUAUUGUUAAUUUAGAAUAGUCUAAAGCGCUCAGUUUCAUAUCAGUAACAGCAUCUAAGAGGUUUCCCCAGUGGAAUAAACAUGUUUCAGCAGUGUGAAUCGUUGUCAACCGUUCCUUUUAAAUGCAAAUAAAUACAUUCUAAAAAUUUACAAA